GUAUAAAACAUUAUAUAUUUUUUAUUUACUUUUAUUAAUUCUUCGAUAUAAUUCAUAUGAUUUUCAUCAUAAACAAGCAAAAAUACAUUGUUCAGAAAAUCAUCUGCUGAAAUUUUCACAAAAUAUCAGGUCAUUAAGAAUGAUGUAACGGAGCGGUUACCAGUAUGUAGCAGUUGUUGUCAAUGUUUUUCUGUUUUCAUAUUCGUUUGCCACAUACUUGUUAACACCCACCAGGCUGGUUAAUUAAUUUUUUUGUUCCCGGAUGAGGAUCUGUAUAUUGAUCGAUGAUGUUAACUCCAAGAAAGAAAGACAGUAGCCGAAGUUGUAGAUAACAUUUAUUUCUCAAUUACAUAUAAUCAAAGCUAAACCACGACGGGCAGGCAUGUAUAAAAACAGUUAGAAAGCAUAUGAAGUAACACGAGUUAUAGUUUCUUGUAAGUGUAGCGUUGAACUUACAUAUUCCCAUGUUCCUUGUCAUUGUAGCAGCAGUAACUAAAGUGAUGCUGUUGAAACGAAAGUGAGUGAUUGAGAAAGUAAGAGAGGGGUGCUCAGGACAACUGUAUUGGUGAAUUUCAUAGCUGUCCCUCUAUGACAUUCUGUCAAGACGGUAUUUCAAACCGGUCGGCCUGCUCUCCGUCGUUUGCCCUCACUAACUGAUUUUUUUUGCCUUGGAGAAUACUGGUGUUUAUGACUAUGCAGACUAGCUAGAAGUUCACUAAUCAUUUCAUCCAUUUGGUGGAUGUAUACAUCCGGCAACAAACUACUACAAGAUGUCAACGACGUUGGUGGAAGUUGGCUUCUUUCUCAGUUUCACAAUGUGCGAAGACUAAUAUCGAUAUCUUAAGUAAUAUAUUACAUAUAUGAGAUCCUCAACAUCUUUCAAUCGAUGCUAACAUUCCACGAUGCGCAUGUUCAGCCGGAACCUGAAUUCGGCCUUCAAACAUAAAAACAAUUUGAUGCAUAAAUUGACCAAGCGACUGUUUAUUUCCAUGUUAUAUACUUAUCAACGAUAUAUAUAUAUAUAUAUAGUGGAAGAAAUUUUCUCUUGAGCAACACGACCACCGUCGCAUACUUCCUAAUAGAAGCUAUGAUUCAUAAAAGAUAUAACAGAUGGUAUCUGCAUAAAAGAAUUUUUUCUUUCCUUUAGAUUCAUCAUAAUUUAUCAUCUAAAGACUGAGAUUAUUAUAUUAUUGGAUUCUAAUUUUUUCUACUUGCAUUCUAACUAAACUUAGACAUCUUUCCGAAAGAGUUUCUACAAUCUUCAGAAAUCAACAGAGGUCCAAGUUCUUUCAUGAAAAUAAGAAUGAAAUAUAAAAAUUAGUAAAAAACGAAAAAUUAUGGAAAACACAUUAUGUGACAAAUCAUUUACGCUUCAGACAGAGUCUGAAAACAUCAAUUUUGCAGAUAAAAUGUUGAAAGGGACAGGAAAAGCAUCGAACCAUUGUGAUAUCUGUGGUAAAUCAUUCGCACACAGGAACUCUUUAACUGCUCACAAACGUAUUCAUACAGGGGAGAAGCCACAUCGGUGUAAUAUUUGUGGUAAAUCAUUUAUUUCAAGUUGUCACUUAACUACUCAUAUACGUACUCAUACAGGAGAGAAGCCUUAUCACUGUGAUAUCUGUGGUAAAUCAUUUGCUCAUAGUACUCACUUAACUGUACAUAAAUAUAUUCAUACAGGAGGGCAACCAUACCAUUGUGAUAUCUGUGGUAAAUCUAUGUCUUCAAACAGUAAAUUAAAAGUGCACAAACGCUUCCAUACAGGAGAGAAGCCAUUUCAGUGUGAUAUUUGUGGUAAAUCAUUCUCUAUUAGUAGUCACUUAACUACUCACAAAUAUAUUCAUACAGGAGUGAAGCCAUAUCACUGUGAUAUCUGUGGUAAAUCAUUCUCUGUAGGAAGUAACCUAAAUACUCACAAACGACUUCAUACAGGAGAAAAGCCAUACCACUGUGACAUCUGUGGCAAAACCUUAUCUGAUUCAGGUAACUUAACUAGUCACAAACGUAUUCAUACAGGAGAGAAACGAUACCUUUGUGAUAUUUGUGGUAAAUCAUUUUCUCACAGUGGUCGUUUAACUACUCACAAACGCAUUCACACAGGAGAAAAGCCAUAUCACUGUGAAAUUUGUGGUAAAGCAUUCACUACCACAGGUGAAGUAACUGUUCACCAACAUAUUCAUACAGGAGACAAGCCAUAUUCAUGUGAUAUCUGCGGUAAGUCAUUUCCUCGUAGAGAAUCAUUACCUAUUCACAAACGCAUACAUACAGGUGAGAAGCCAUAUCGCUGUGAUAUCUGUGGUAAAUCAUUCACUGUGUCAACUACUUUGACUAUACACAAACGCAGUCAUACAGGAGAGAAACCAUAUCACUGUGAUACCUGUGGUAAAUCAUUCACUACAACAAGUUACUUAACUAAACACAAACACAUUCACACGCGAGAUACGCCAUAUCACUGUGAUAUCUGUGGCAAAUCAUUUUCUCAGAAACGUCAUUUCACUGCCCAUGCAUUGGUUCAUACAGAAAAGUAACUGUCAAGUCACUGUAUAAUGUGCUGUAAACAAAAUAUCUAACCAUAAAUGUAUUCAUAGAGAGAGGUAGAUCUCUCUUUUUGAGAUUAUAAUUUGUGUGACGACAACUAGUAUCUAGAGUCUUGAAAAUAUCUUACCACUUUGAUUAUUUUAAUAAAAGUAUUGUUGCAGAAAAUAGUCAUAUAUAUUGCAACUAACAUAUUUCCUGAGGGAAGACAAAAUACAAUGAAUUUAUCGGAUGUUGUGUGAAAAUAACAGAAAUAAAAGUGCAGAACAAAUCAGGAUAAUAGUAUGAUGUCUUGUAUGUAGUGUUUGUCUUUUAUACAUUCAAUCUUGUCUAUUCCUCAACAAGUUACCAAAAGUAAUCUCUUCAACCAACAGUGUGUGUAUAUAAUCUAUCUUUUUGAAAUUUGUUCCUAUAUUCUACAUUCUGUGUCAAGUGUUAUGUAUUUUUCUCAACAAUGGAAUGAGUCAUGAUUUAAAUAAUGGAAUAAAGCUAAAUGUUUUUGGCUUUAACAUUGGAGAAAGUUAUUGGUGCUCUUGUACAAUACUCCUAUUACUUUCUUGACCCACUCCUACUUUUUGCACCUUCCCCUAAUUGGGUAGGUUGCUGGAGUAUUUUGGAGGGAGACAUAGUACAUAAUGAGAGAUUGUUUGGUUCUGUGGUGAGUGAUGAAUCAGUUUAAUAUAAGUGGAGAGAACAAUGGCAAUGGGUGGAAAAUGGUUAACAAAAGAUAUGGUACCAGGUAGUGGAGAAAAAAGAUGAAGUGGUAUCAAGGGAGAACUGCAGUGAAGGACAUGUACAGAGGAGGGAAAGGAUAUGAGGAGACAGGUCAUGGUGGUCAUUUGUGCACAUGUAUAUAUAUAUAUAUAUAUGUUUGCAUACACACACACUGCUUUCAAAACUCAAUUUCAUUAAGCAGGGCUGGUUUUCUGAAGAACUGCAUAUUGUUAGUCUUCCUGUUCCUUUGACAUAUUUUCCAUGGGGCUCAAGGUGUUGAAGUUAGCAUUACACCACUUCCUCCCAUGUCUUACUGUUUCUCCCUCUUCCACAAGCUCCAAUCACUUGAUUGGUACUUCUUCAUACAACUGUCCAUAUAUGUAUCAUAUUCAUACAAGUGCUAUCUUGUUUUUUUUUUGCACACUACGUGAGAUUCAUCUUGUGACCAGUUUUCUCUUUAUAGUUUAUCAUUGAUGCACAGCCAGUAAAGAAUGCACAAUUUUUUUCUUGUCUUCCCAAGUCCUCUACCAUCAAAGCUUGUCUCUCACUACCAUGCACUAUUGUAGUUCUGAUGUUAAGAUUCAUACAAUCAGCUCUUCACUCUGCUUGUACACCUCUCACAACUCAACACUUAGCUUCUUUCGUGACCGUGAAAUUACUAUAUGUGAUACCCUGACAAACACCAUAUCAACAUAAGCCAAGUAUAAUUGUCUACUCUUAGGCAAGCAUUUCUCUUGCGGUUGCCUCUCUUGGAAGGUUGCAUCUGCUGUACCUCUUCCAAUUUGAACGCCCCACUGCUUCUUAUCUAGUUACAGCCUGUCACAAAUCAAUUGUGCUAUAAUUCUGUGAUUUUCAUAACCUUAUUCAACAAUUUGAUUCUUCUGUAGCUGCUUCUUAAGGCAUCACCUUUGCCUUUGUAACAGUUUAUGGUGAUACUCCUAUGCCUGACACUCUCCUUUAUAACUUGAUUUCCUAUCUGGUUGGAAAUCAUGUAUCCCCUUUCAGCACAUAUCUUGAGCAUCUCUGCUACGAUCCAUAAUGGGCCUGCAGCUUUCCCCCCUCAAUGUUCUUCAUUACCUUACCUGCAAUGCUACUUUCAAAUUGCAUUGCUGGUCUCAUGUCUUCCUAAGUAUACCCCAUUCAGUUCAUGUAACCAAUGUAUAUAUUUUGCUGCAACCACUGUCAUUUAUUACUUCGUUUUACAGAGGUGGUGAAUUGUCUUUUUUUUUCCUUAUUAAUUUUUUCAAUUGUGUUCUCUGUCUUGUCCAGUUUCUAAUUUGAUUUUGUAAAACGGUAAACGCUGUGAAGGCAAUAAAAUAUCUCAUUUUCAUCUCUGUUCAUAUAUUAAAAGAAAAAAACAACUAUACACCAAAUUUAAAAUCAGAACAUGAUUAAAGGAAUUGAAAAUUGUGAGCCAAACAGAAACGAUUCCGGUGCUGUGGGGCAAUCUUUGGUCAUUUUUAUGGUGUAGUUUAAGGAAUAUUUGCCUCCUAGUUCUAGGAUAUCGAAAGACCAUGCAAAGCUUUCGUCUGGUACCAUGGAGACAAACAGUCGCGACAUACAGUAUGGGCGGUAAUGAAGGCUUCCGAAUAAGUAAAAUAGCGAAAAUUUAAUUGCUUGUAACAUUAUUAUUAUUAGCUACUAUCAAAAAUAAUAAUAAUAAUAAUAAUCUGCUGAAAAUUUGAGAAAUGAGACAUUCAUUGAAGAGAUCAAAAGCUAUAUGAGUGGUUGAACAGGAGCAACAAACUAUUAUAGAAUAUCAACGAAGAUGAUGGAAGUUGGCUUCUUUAUUUCAUUAAAUUGGUCAUGGAGACCUUACACAGAAUAAGAAGCUUGUGGGCUGGACGUAGACAAAAUGAGAUGAAAUGAAAACGUAAAGAUAAAGAUGAGAGGGAUGUCGGCGCCCACCGAUCAACAAGCCCUCAGAUACAAUUUUUCCUUUACAAUCAAUACAAAAUCAAUAAGGUAAAGAUCAAUCCUCAUCAUCAAAGCCCCCAAACAUAAGAAAUAUAGACAGAAAAAAAGAAUAGUUGGAAGUUGACUUCUUUCUCAGUCUCAUGACGUGCAAGUAGUGAUAUCCAUGUCUAGAUAUACAUUGCAUAUGUGCUAUCUUUGCAUCUCCCAAACGAUGCUAACAUUCUAUGAUGCGCAUGUUCAGCCGGAAGAUGAAAUCGGUCUUCGAACACAAACUGUACUGUAUUAAUUUUAGCAAAAUUUGUUGAACAAACGGCAGUAUUUCGCACGUUAUUAUAUAUAUGCAUACACUUACACGCAGAGCGGACGAAAUUUUCUCUUCAACAACGAGGUAUUUUUAUUGACUUUUCAGUGUUUCUUUCAGCAAAGCAAUGUGGUCUUCUGCUUGACUCGUCAUUUAUGACGAAUUUACACCGCAGAAACUCUCACAACAGUAGAACUGACCUCGGGCUAUAAACAACGAUGAGUGACCUGCUUGGAUAGAACCGAAUGUUAUCGACAUCUAUUGUGUUGUUGAAUAUAUAUGUUAGACAAUGUGAUAGUGCUAUAUCUUAACUGGACGUUUCUAUUAAUAUUGUUUUGGUUGUUUCGUCAUGGCCAGUUACGGGCCUUGUGAAGCCUGUAAUUUACUUACUCUUUCGAAAGCAAGUUUCUGUAGGUUAAUACAAUAGAAAAGCGUUGUACUUUGCUUAAAGUAUUGUGAUACAGAAAGUAAAGUAACAAUGCAGAAAGCCAAUCAUCAGAAGCGCACGGUUUAGAAAUGCGAGUUUGUGUAGAUCCCGCGACUUUGAUGACUCUGACCACCCUUUAAAUGACAGAAUCUGCAUAGAUUCACAUUUGUCAACAGCUUCGUUCUUAAGAUGGACCUUCGUGCCUGCGUUAUAUGAAGGUUACUCAACUUCCACUGUUCACAUUUUUAGAAGUCCUUCGUUUUUUAUUUUAUAUUAGGUAUGUUACACAAUAGCCACGUGAAGCUAUAAUUUGUAUACAUGUAGACUUUAUCGUUCAGUGAUUGAUGCAAAUGUUUAUAUCUACAGUUUAACCAAUAUACAAGGGUGGAAAUUUUUCUGCUGUUGAAUAUUCAGCUUCUCCUAUAUCUUACACCGUUUCUCUAUUAUUUCAGAUAUAACAUGGUAUCUGCAUAAAAGAUUUUUUUUUCUUUAAGAUUCAUCGUUAAUUACUUA